AUGGACGAGCCACAGAAAAACAAGUCCCACAAGAGCAAGACCGUCGGCAACAAGGCCACCAAGAAGGAAGCGCUGCGCAAACGCCGCUCCGGCAUCGACCUAGAACCGAACCGCGGCAGCAAUGUAAAGGCGUUUCAGGGCCCCAGCGCGGGCGGCCGCAAGGCGCAGAAGCUCUACCGCUCUCUCGAGAAGAAAGAAACUGCCCUGCAUGUGCCGACGAUGGACAAGACGCUGCGCCACGUUGUGGCCGAGCCACCGCUGCUGGUCGCCGUUGUCGGGCCACCCGGCGUUGGCAAGACGACGCUGAUUCGCUCCAUGGUAAAGUUCUACUCCAAUCGCAACUUGGCCUCGGUGCGCGGCCCCGUGACGGUGAUAGCUGGUCGCUCACGCCGCAUCACCUUUAUGGAGUGUCCCAACACCUUGGCUUCCAUGUGCGACGUGGCCAAGGUUGCGGACCUGGUGCUGCUCAUGGUGGACGGCAGCUUCGGCUUCGAGAUGGAGACGUUUGAGUUUCUCAACAUCGCGCAGGUGCACGGGUUUCCGAAGAUGUUUGGCGUGAUCUCGCACCUCGACACGCUCAAGACGGGAAAAGCGAUGAAGAAGCGCAAGAAGUUUCUUCGGCAUCGCUUCUGGCAUGAGGUGGCGGCUGGCGCCAAGCUGAUCUGCCUCUCCCCUAUGGUGCGAGGCAUGUACCGACCAACCGAUGUGCUGAACCUGCAUCGCUUGCUCAUCUGCGUCGAGCCCAAGAUUCAGGCCUGGCGCAACACACACAGCUGCGUCGUGAUGGAUCGCAUCGAGGACAUCACGGACCCGGACGUCGUCGCGAAGAGCCCGCUGCAUAGCCGCACCGUCGCCUUCUACGGCUACGCCCGCGGAAAACCGAUGAAGCCGGGCCAGCUGGUGCACAUCCCCGGCCUCGGCGACUUCCCGGUGGCGCACCUUUCCCACCAGGCUGAUCCCUGCCAGCUGGACAAGUUCAGCGGCGACAGCAAGGAGGGCGGCAACCACCGCAUGCGCCACCUCAGCCUCAAGCAGAAGAAGCUCUAUGCCCCAUACUGCGACGUAGGCGGUAUCAGCUACGACGACGACGCCAUCUACAUCCAGGAGGACGCCGCGAAGGGCGCGAUCGAACGCAGCGGAGAGGGUCUGCAGCUGCUUCGGGAGCUGCAGAAUGCGCGUCCGAUGGACGCGGCGCAGACGAAGUUGCGCGUUGUACCUCACCGGCGCCGCCCAAUGAACUUCCGAGACGAGGACACAAUGGAGCUGGACAUGGGGGAGGUUCGCAUGCCCUCCGACGCCGACGACGACGACUGGAGCAACGACGCAGGCGACGAGGGUGCGUGCAACGACAUUGUUAUCGACUCGGACGACAACGGGGAGCGUGAGCGCCAGCAGCGCGGCGCACCACAGCUCUCCGACUUCGGGGUCGCCAAGGAUGGAGAGGACGAGGCGGCCACCGCAGGCGGCGACGAUGAUGGCGGGGGCAACAGCGAGGCUGCUCUGGCGCCCCGUCUGCUCAACGACCCGGACGCGAUUCGUCUGAACGCCAUUCAGCAUGACUGGAGUGAUGCCUCGAUGCUGCGCUCGCUGAAGGACCUCUGCGUCACUGGAAACUGGGAGGCCGGCGCGGAAGGCGUGAACGAGGAGGACGCCGGCGCCGCAGAGGAGGGCAGCAAAGGCUACGACAGCAACGAUGAGGAAUUUGAACAGGAGGCGCGUGGGGAGAAGCCCAUGACGCGCCACGGCAACAGGCGCAGCGGCACCGGUGUUGCUGGGGACUUCUCCACCUCCGGGUCUGAGGGAGACGACGAGUCCGAAAACGGUGAGGAUGGCUUCGGCAGCGACGGCGACGACGAUCUCGGCUUUGGCCGCGUCAGAAACGGCUCGCGUAGCACUGCAGCCGCCCCAAGGAGGACGAACGCGUUGGCGUCCAUCAGCUACGGCGGCGGCGGCGGCGGGCGCGGCUCCCCUCGUCAAGGUGAGGAGGUGGGCGUAGAUGACAAGUACGACGGCUACAACAUCCUCGACGACGACAGCGACGGCGGUGAGGUGGACGGCAGCGGCAAGGCUGGUCACAGCGUCGUGGGCGGAGCCGAUCGGGAGCUGGAUGACCUCGUCUCCAGCUUCCUGGCGCACGGCACCUCGCAUAGCGGCAAUGGCGGCAGCCGGGCCAACGGACGGGCAGCCACAACGGCCGGCCUCGACGGCGAAGACGGCAUCGAGUUCUUUGACGAGGCGACGCGCUACGACCGUGACGACGAUGGCAAGGACGGCCACCCGCGCCCGCGCAGGCGCCGCGUCAACCCACAGGAGGAGCGUAUCGCCGAAGCGGAGGCGGGCGCCGAGGCCGCUGUGCGACAGGGCGGCAGCCUCACCGAGGAGCAGGAGCGCCUCUUGCAGAAGAAGAUGGCGAAGAAGCGCGCGUUCGACGAAGAUUACGACACCGGCGACGUCGACGGCGGCAAGAACACAACCUUCAGCUACUACCACCGUCUGAACC